AUGGCAGUUGAAAAUGUACCUCAAGGCUGUUGGGUACCACUUAACAAGUUGGUUGAGAUAAAACUCUUCAAGUGCUCAGAAUGUGAAGAAAUCCCAAUGUUUGGGCAGUUGCCAAAUCUCAAGUCUCUCUGGUUAGAAGGAUUGAGAAAUUUGAAGGCAAUAAAUUCUUCUUUCUAUGGAUUAGUGAAUGAAGGGACCGGUAUUAUUUUUCAAGCUCUAGAAAGGCUCGUGUUGGUCGAAAUGCCUAAGCUUACAAAGUGGGCAGAAGUUGAUUCUGAAGGUGCAAGUGAUGUGCAGGUAUUUCCUAACCUCCAGCACUUGGAGAUCUCUCAGUGCAAGCAAUUGAUGAGUUUUCCUAAUCAUACGGGGUCAAGCAUCAAAAGUUUGAUAAUCAUGGAGACUGGGAGCAUGCCUUUAACAUGCAUAUUGAAGACGAAAUUAAAGUUGCUAACAGAGCUUUGCUUAGAAGGAAUAGAUGAUCUGGAAUAUCUCCCAGAUUGGCUAUUACGUAACAAUCCCAAUCUCUUGGAGUUACGUAUAAGAAUGUGUUCCAAUUUGAGAGAAUUACCAGAUGGUCUAGGCACCCUCAAUUCUUUGGAGAAGUUGAUUAUAAGGGACUGUCCAAAUUUGGAACGAGUAGCAGAUAUUGGUGCACAACAAUCACAAGGAAGCCUUGCAUGUCUUAAAAUAUUGGAGAUUUGUGAAUGCAAAGCUUUGAUGUAUUUACCAUGUGAAAUGGCAGAGGUUCAAAUGGAGGCAAGGCAGUUUAAGAGGUUCGCAGAGGAGAAAAUGGCACAUGAUCAGGAGAAGGUGUUGGCAUUGGAGGAUUUGUUGUAUAAGAGGGAAGAGAUCAUUCCGUCACUUACCUGUGAGAUUCAGGCCUCGCAAUUGAGGUGUAUUCUUUUAAAUGGUGAGCUCCCAUUCUCCUCUGCAACUUGA